UGCUGAGCUCCACACAUAGGUCAUCACCUUUUUAACAUCUUGAAACCGUUAAGUCAACCUACUGGAUAACUGGAAUAAAGAAAUGGUACCUGGACUGUUGAUGCGCCUUACGGAGUCCACUGUAAAUGUUUAAAAGAAACCCAGCGUUGGAAAAAAUGUCAAGCAUGGCAAAGUUAACGUGCGGACAAAUGUAACCAGCUUUGUACUGGGCUCAGAGGGGGGUCUCUCACUGGCAACUACAGCAAAGGACUUUGAUAACAAGCUUCAGGGAGCUCCUUUCAAAGCUGCUCCUAGCCAGUCAACCAGCAUUGCUGAUUUCUCUCCUAAGUACAUGUCUGAUGAAAUAUUUGGAAGGUCUGGAUCAGUUUACAGCAGAACGUUUGCAAAGGGACCCCAGGCAAAAGGCUCUAAUGCUAAAAACAGAGCUGAAUGUCAAAAGCUUACCACCCAUCUCAAUACAUCUCAUUUUUAUUUUGGGAGUGAUUUAAAUGGAUAUGGCACAGAGACAAGGCACUCAUUUGAGAAGAAGUUGGAACAUUCUGCCAAGGAACCUGGCCCAAGCACAAACCUGGCUUCCAAAACAGCUCAGGAGACUUACAAAUCAAGUGUUUUUAGACACGGUGAUUGGAAUGUGGCUGAACCUCACUUUAUAAAACAUUCAGUGACAUGUAAUGACUUCCAUAUCAAACCCUUUACAACAAGCCACAAUGUUGGAUCAAAAGAUACUAAAGGACAAAAACAGGAAAAAGAUGAGUUAGAAUACACUGAAUCCAAAGUACCUUCCAUCAGCCCAAAAGACAAUCCUAGCCAUCCUUAUUAUCAGCGCAGCACUCACUUUGUGUUAGGAACCAACACAGAUGAUAGAAGUUCACUUCAUCAGAAAGAUUUUAUUCUUAGUAAGCGAGAGUGCUUGAUAAAACCACCAGCAGCUCCUCCUCCAAUCUCUUCCAAGGUUCUUCCAAACCUGGAGGACUGUAGGCCCUCUUGUUCAACACAUACAGCAGAUUUUACCGACCACAAGAUUCAAAUCACUCAAAUUAGUCAGGGAAGGGCUGCUGAGACAAAACUUAAUAGGGCACGUCACAAUACACUUGCUGUUGUCUUAUCAUGUGAUGCACAAUGUCAUGCAGGUGACAGACAGGCAUCAAUGACAGGGAGUGGUUACUUACAUCCACCAAAGGACCAUCCAUAUCUCAGCCCCCAGAGGGAACAAAAUAGUAGAUAUCGAUACUUGGACAGUGAUGGAGCCCUUCUCAGAGCACCAGAGUGGCCUUCACCAUCAGAGACAAAGGAGGAAUUUAUUCCCAUUGAAGAGCUGGCUAUGGGCAAUGGAGCAGCCAAACUAAAGCAGAAAAAAGAUGAUUGCCUUGAGAGAAUUACAGAUAACAGGAAAACACAUUUUCAGUUUGGCUCAGAUAAUAAACAUAAACACACAGAACAGCACGACCAGUUCUUAUUGUCUCUGCAACUUGAUCCAGCCCUUCCAGCCGCAGGGAAGAGUGAAGGACCUGAACAGAAAUACUCCCAUGUAUACCCAAGUGAAACAACACAGCAGGGAAGGCAUCGAGUAUCAGAGCCUCUCCCUCAGGACAAGGUAGCCACGAUUCAACAACAAAUGCUGCAGUUAAAUCAACAGAGAUUCUAUAACUCAGGAGACACCAUGAACAUUCACUUGCGAAAAGCCUUCCUGGAUUUUGAUACAAGCUUGAGUGGUAGAAUUUCUAUUGAAGACCUUAAAUCUGUUUUGGGAAAACUUGGAAUCGACAUGGAGGAGAAAACCUUAGGAAAACUCAUUGAAAUGUGCGAUGCUGGUCGUACUGGUUUCGUGGACUACGAAGAAUUUUCGAAAUAUUUGACGAAAGAUGCUCUAAUUAGUCUUGGAAAUAAACCAUCAAAGACUUCAGUGAUGAAGACGGAUUUCUGUUCACCAGAACAAAGAAGACUCAGUUCUGCUCAGCUGCGUACGAUAGAAAUGGCUAAGAAGAUCGCACCAAUGAAGGUGAACUCGCAUUACUUCCACGAGCAUCACUCGGGAGCACCUCGUCUCUCAACCACGGCUCAGGAUUUCGUCCAACCUGACAGAAGGCCAGGGAAUCCUCGUCUUUCUGUGUGAUAACAUGGAGACAAAUGUCACUGAUCUUGUUCCACCCAAAUUUCGGGAACGGUUAAAUUUCUGUAUUGUGUAGUUCUACAAGUGCGGUUGCUACGUGACUUGGGGUGUCUAACCGAUCACGUGACCCUCCGAAGGUGCCUUUCAACUUGGCUCUGAGUAGGAACCAGUCUCCCUCUUUUGUAAAUGCAUUACGUAUAGGAAAUCGUAUGAGCGCGAGUGCAUUUCGUGAUUUAUGGGCACGAGUGAUGUUUUGAAAGUUCUCAAAAUUGCACGAGCCGUAGGCGAGUGCAAUUUGAGAACUUUCAAAACAUCACGAGUGACCAUAAAUCACGAAAUGCACGAGCAGGUUCAUACGAUUUUUUAUUUAUUAUAUUCUCGACAAAAUUAAUCCAUCGGUGUUUCCAUGGCAACUUCUCCGUAUUGCACUCUAUAACCUCUAUUGCACUCUAUAACCUAUUUAUGCAUUCAUCAUUGACCAAUCAGAAACGCGUUAUUUUGUUGAGUAUAUAAUAAGAUGUUUUAAUAGUGCAGAGUUUAAGUUAUUUGUGUCACAUAAUAAAUCAAAUUGUUCGCAUAAAACCCUAUGCUGGAGGAAACCUUACACGUGUUCCUCGAUGUAGUUACAGACUUCGGCCGACUCUAGUUAUAGGUAUAAGGAUCUUGACUUAGAUUGUGCGUCUAAACGAUUGUUUCACUCAACUGAACUGAAGAAAUCAACCCGACUGUAAAUCCAUGUUUAUUGACAACUUUGUAUUGCUGUUUAGGCUCCUUAUAACACACAAGGCCAGUUUCUUGUAAACAAAAUUUUCGAGGAGUCAACAAAAUACCCAUAUCUUAAAUAACAAAUAAUACCCUAGUGAUAAAUUUAGCCAACUUUCUUUGAACAAAAGAUAAUUUUUAAAGAAAAAAUUCAAUUGAAAAUUGAUAAUGAGUCUUCCCUGUGACUCAUAUCCAGAAGACCUGACAAUUUUGGGGUUCUAAUUUCUAAAUAAAAAGAGACGAAAAAUUAUCUGCAAGCGACUCACCGAAACAAGUCAGAAUAAUCGCCCAGUAUACCUAAGACAUGAAAAGCAUCAACCUGCAUUAAACUGGGGUCGCUUCUAUAGCCUUAAUUUGCGUAUUAUUGACCAUAAUUUUACUUUCUACUGUGCCAUUUUUGUUGUCAUUUUCGUCAGCUUCACAGUGUUCCCUUAACAACACUGUUUCUUCUCUCGUUGGGGUCUCUUCUGAAGUCUUCAUACUGCGCCAGGAAAAAAUGUCACUCCAACUAAAUUGUCCCCAAUCCCCCUGUGGUCCAAUCGUGCAGCAAAGUGCUUGGAAGAAGAACGUCGAAAAAGCCCAUCCCAGGGUCAUCACUAACAUUAGGAAAUGUCCCAUCUGUAGGUAAGAUAGGACCCUGGAUGGCAGCAUCAUUGCACCUAAACGAAUAAGAUAGUAAUCAGUGAUAGGUCGAGUGUUAGCAAUGAUUCGUGGUAGAAUGUAUAGACGGUUUGAACCCAAGAGUGGCAAUCUAUCUUGUUGUUGAUCGUAAUCAGAAAAAAUUCGAGUGUUAGUAGUAAUUCGUAGUAGAAGGUAUACACGGUUUGAAUAUAGGGGUGAUAUUCUUUCUUGUAGUUUGGUCGUUCGCGUGAGAGUAUCCUUGAAAAAGGUUGUUGUCGACUGUUGUUGUUGUGAAGUUAUCAAUAGUGCCAAGUAAGGACUUUUUUAAAUGAAAAGUUAAGAUCAAUUGUGUGAAAAUGGGUUCGUUAUCGGCUGUAACAGUCAAGUAGCAUACAGUAAGUCAGUUAUUAUCGGUCAAUUUGGAUCCGUCGGUUUAGAAAGAUAGAUCUUUUUGGUUCUUUGAAAUUUUAAUGUCUUGAAUGUGUCGUCUGAUCAAUAAA